AAAGUAGCUUCCACCGGCCGCGUCCGCCGCCCAUGCGGGCUGCGUCCACGAGCCCCCGCCGAGGGGCCGCACCAUGAGCCAGCCCGGCGGCCUGGCCUCGCCGCGGACCCCGCCGUCGUCCAGCAAGGCCAGGAUGAAAAGGCUCCCGAAGAAGAACCAGAACGAGAAGUACCGGCUGAAGUACUUGCGGCUGCGCAAAGCGGCCAAGGCCACGGUGUUUGAAAGUGCUGCUAUUUGUGAUGAAAUUGCUCGUCUUGAGGAAAAAUUUCUUAAAGCAAAAGAAGAAAGAAGGUACUUGCUAAAGAAGCUCCUCCAACUUCAGGCUCUGACUGAAGGGGAACUACCCCCUGCAGCUCCUUCCCACAGCUCCACUUUGCCCUUGGCUUAUGGUGUGGCCAGCUCUGUAGGAGCUAUACAGGGAGCUGGGUCCAGCACUGGGCCCGAGGAACCAUUUGGGAAAAAAUCCAAGAAGGAGAAGAAAGAAAAAGGCAAAGAGAACAACAAGCUGGAAGUUCUGAAGAAAACAUCCAAGAAAAAGAAAAUGGAGGGAGGUGCACGCAAGCUGGUCCAGCCCAUUACCCUGGAUCCCUCAGGAUGGCCUGUGUUCCCCAUCGGACUAGGGGGUCUAACAGUAUAUAGCCUAGGGGAGAUCAUCACCGACCGGCCUGGCUUCCAUGAUGAGAGUGCCAUCUACCCUGUGGGCUACUGCAGUACUCGGGUGUAUGCGAGUAUGAAGUGUCCAGACCAGAAAUGUCUCUAUACCUGUCAGAUCAAGGAUGGUGGUGUGCAACCUCAGUUUGAAAUUGUUCCUGAAGAAGACCCCCAGAAUACCAUCAUCAGUUCCUCAGCAGACGCUUGUCAUGCUGAACUGCUCCGGCUCAUCAGUGCCACAGCGGGGAAAUUGAUGCCUAACCUGCUUUUAUCUGGAGCUGACUUUUUUGGAUUUUCUCAUCCAACCAUCCAAAACCUGAUCCAGAGUUGUCCAGAAGCUCAAAAAUGCAUCCAUUAUCAAUGGGUGGAAUUUGAUGCAUGCAAGCCUGAAACGGGGCAGCUGCCCAACGAGCUGCCAGAGAAUGAUGCAGCUAUGAAUUUGGAAGCCUUUCAGAGACAGACCUUUGAUGAAGAACACAGUGAUCCCAUUCUUCCAGGAUCCUUGGACCUUCCUGAGCUUCAGCCUGCAGCCUUUGUGUCUUCUUACCAGCCUGAGUUCCUGACACAUGAACCCUUGAUAGACACUCACCUGGAGCACCUAAAGUCUCCAUCACAAUGUAGCCCAGUUCAGUCUUCAGACUGAAAAGAAGGGAUCAGAACUCACUUCAUUUUCAUCUGAACUUUUUAACUUAAACUAAAUCUCAAUACAUGUGGAAGGCAGCAUUCAGAAGCAAAGAUGAUAGUGGCAUUUAAUUGUUGAGGUUCCUAUGGUGACAGAAAAAAACACUAGAGUUGCUUUAUUUUUCACAAUAAAUAUCUCUUGACAAUU